AUGGGCUGCGCGCAGUCCAAGGUCGACGGCGAGGAGGCGGUGACCCGCUGCAAGGAGCGGAAGAUGUUUAUGAAGGAGGCGGUGGCCGCUCGCAACGCCUUCGCGUCGGCGCACUCCGCCUAUGCUGUCGCCCUCAGGAACACCGGCUCCGCCCUCAGCGACUACGGUGAGAUGGAGGCCCAGGACGUCCUCUGUCUCGCUUCCUCAGCCACCGAAGUGGCUUCUUCCUCGUCAUCCUCCUCGAUGCCCCCCGGCAAGCCGGCUAUAGACGAUACGCUCCCUCCGCCUCCUCCUCCGCCGCCGGAAUUCUCGUCUCCUCUGCAGCGCUCCGCCAGCAUGCCUGAUCUCCCCCCCCCCAAGGUAAGGAGGAGGACCGCCGCCGAUCAGCCAUUCCCUGCGGAUGCUUCCAUCCGCGAGGAGGACGGCCACGAGCUGGAGGACGAAGACCGCCGCGAUUUGGGGGUCCCGCAGAGCUCCACCCCUGCGCCGCUGGCGCCGCAGUCUCAAUCCAGCCGAACCGCGGUGCCGCUGGCGGAGAGCUCCCCCAGCUCGUGGGAUUACUUCUUCGGCACGGACGACAGCGUCCACAGACCGCCGCUGCCCCCCGACACCGAAGAGAUCCGACCGGAGAAGGACGACCAGGGGCAAGGAGUCGAUAAGCAUAAAAGGGCAGCCUCUGCUUCUGCAGCUGUCGGUGCUGAUGCCGUCGGCGCUGGUGAUGCACCACCCCCAUCGGUUAACCCAGAGAAAAUGAUGACGGAGCCUCCCUUGCCUUCCAAGCAGGUGAGGAGGCAAAAGGGCGUAGCCGAUCCCAAGAGAUCGAAAAUGGCGGCGGCCACCACCCCGACCGUCUCUUUUCUGCAGAUCCUAAACAGCCUCGAUGAUCACUUCCUUAAGGCACACGACAGUGCCCAAAAUGUGUCCAAUAUGCUGGAAGCGAAGCGGCUGCACUAUCACUCCAACUUCGCUGAUAACCGUGGUACGCAUAAUCCUUCUGCUUAUUUUCUGGGUAACCCUAUAUAAAUCUUCACAUAAACCCUCUCGGGUGCUGUCUCGAUCCAUAAGGUGCAUUUGUGCCAUCUACCUGAUCACAGUUCUCCUCAGAACAUGUGGUUUGGCUAGAAAUAAAAACUGGUUUUUUAUUUUGUUCUGAAGAAUAACCUGCCCUCAUGUUUUUAGCAUGUUUUGGGGCACACUUCUAUUGCCACCACCAUGCGUGGCUAGAAGACGUUAGGGUUCUUCCACAAAGGGAAAUGAUGUGUACUGUGUGUGUUCUAACAUGUAGAUAUAGAUGUAUCCAAACCUGCAUUCGGACAUCUUCGUGCGUAGCUCACUGUUUCUAAACUUUUAUGACUCCAUACUUUGUUCCUAUGGUUGACCUUGACAUUUUUUGUUGACUAUUUUCAGGUCACAUCAAUCAUUCUGCGAGAGUUAUGCGGGCAAUCACGUGGAAUAGGUCAUUUAAAGGUUUGGGUGGUGAUGAGGGUGGAGAUGAUUUUGAUAUGGAUAGCUGGGAAACCCACGCAACUAUAUUGGAUAAAUUGCUGGCGUGGGAAAAGAAACUUUGUGAUGAAGUCAAGGUGCUCGGAAAUUUACUCAAUUUAUUUCUCACCUAUUUUAUGGCUCAGAUCAUUAGCAAUUCAGAUGCGUAGGCUGAAUGAAUUUCUUGUCAUGUGAGAAAAACACGAUGUGGUUUUUGGUUUGGCCAGCUUGGACCACCUCACUCUUUGAAAAUUGCAGACAUUAAUAAUUUAUAUCUAGAAAUUAUUGUCUGCUGCUUGAUUUUGGCUGAUGCUUAUCCCUAUUAUUUCCGUCCUCACAUUUUUUUUUUCUUAAGUGCUCUACAUAUGAUGCGAUACUCUUCCCCAAAAGUUUCUAGUUCCUCGAUACAGCACUCCACAUUCAUUGCAUUCAUUAUUUUGGAUCACUGUGAACGGUCGGGUGUCUCGAUAUGAUGAUGCUAAAAUGAAUCAGGCUUAAUACGCUGGAAAUCUAUACAUGAAAAGGAGUCCAAACUCGCGUUGCAUGCGCUUUUGUUUGUGGUUUCCUCCGUGUUCCUGCUCUCUGAAUACCGUGGGGUUCAUAGUUCGCUUACUUUCUUGUCCCAUGCAGAUUUAACCUCUAUCUAGUUGUUCAAUGUUGUAUUUCAGGUAAAAUCUGGGCAUAUGACCGAGUAUAAUCGAUGUCAUGCCAAGUUUUCUACCAUAAUCAGACCAUUUUGCCUCUGAAGCUGUUGAUUUUCUUUCUGCUGCCAAAGUAUCUUUUAGGCUAUUGAUUCGCUGACUUUUUGAUCAUGAUCGAAUAGCCUUGCCCUCGAAGUGGUGGAUUUUGUUUCUGCUGUCAUCUUAUCAUUGAUUAAGCUACGCGUUAUUGGUGGCGAGCAGGCGAGUGAACGCAUGAAGCUUGAGUACCAGAGGAAGGUUGCCAAGCUUAAUAAGCAGAAGAAGCACGGUGCCAGUUCUGAGGCAUUGGCGGCCACAAAAGCAGAAGUGAGCCACCUCCACACCCGGUACAUCGUCGACAUGCAGUCAAUGGACUCGACGGUCUCGGAAAUCCAGCGUCUGCGAGAUGUUCAACUGUACGAGAAGCUCACCAUGCUUGUGCGCGGGUAUAGUCUUUAAUAGACGUAAAAGCUCUAAAGUUCUAGAGAUCUUGAUCAUAUUCUUGAACUGCAUGAUGAAUCUUAGGUUAUAUAAGUUCAUUCUAUUGCUCUGAUCCUUUGUGCAACUUAACAUUACUAAGAUUCAUAGUACCUUUUUUCCCCCUUUUUUUGUUAUUGUUAGUAGUUAGUCAACCCUGAUUUAUUCAAAUGGAAAACACGGUCAGAGUGAGUGCAAAGUAGAAGUCCUCUUAUGUGCAUUUUUUUUUUUUGGUUGCUUGAAUCAGCAAAGUCCAACAACCUCUGAUACAGAGCUGACCAGUCCUGGCCUUGCAGAACCCCCCAUUCAUAGCCGAGGCUGAAUCAGCGUCAACUUUAGCUCUAGCUUCACACUUUUGACCUGGCUGAAAUCGUCAGAGUCGUCCUCUCCCUGCAAGAGCUAACCAGGCACACAUAGAGCUCGUGCAGGUGAUUGAAAGGUUAAAUGUCUCUAUUCUGGAAAUAUGUGAGGUUCUAGAGAGAGAAGGGGAUAUUACAGAGCACUCGAGAGAACCAGUCUGAUGAGGUGUUUAUCCCACACACACAGACCUGCGGAUUUGCAUGAUUAUCAGGUGCAACAGAGCCACAGCGAGAGAGAGAGAGAGAGAGUAAUAUACUGGGCUUGUUUGCGUUGACUUGUUGGUGGCGCUGUUUGAAUAGCUGAGGGAGGAAUCGACGGACUGACCGAGGUGUGUGGUGGCAGGAUGGCGGAGAUGUGGGAGGCGAUGUUCCACCAGCACCAGAGCCAGGAGCAGCUGGUGCAGGACAUCAGGGGCGUGGACGUGUCGAACGCCGUGAAGGAGACGACCGAGCAGCUGCGUGGGCGGACAAGCCAGCUCUGCGAGGUGGCGAACCGGUGGAGCAAGCACUUCGAGGACCUCAUCAGCAAUAAGAAGAAGUACGUGAAGGCCCUGAACGACUGGCUUCGCCUCAACCUAAUCCCCAUCGAGAGCAGCCUCACGGAGAAGGUCUCCUCGCCGACCAGCACACCGCGACCGCCGAUCCAGAUGUUCCUCUACGCCUGGAACGACCAGCUGGCGAAGAUCCCCGACGAGCGGGCCAAGACGGCCAUCAGCAGCUUCUCAGAGGUGGUGACCGCCAUUCUUGUGCAGCAGGACGAGGAGCUCAAGCAGAAGGACAAGUGCGAGGACCUCCGGAAGGAUUUCAUCAAGAAGAAGCAGGCCUUUGAGGAUUGGCACCAGAGUUACAUAACAAAAAGACAGCAGCAGCAGCAGCAGCCGCGGCCGGUGGUGGCGGCGGACGCGGAGGAGGAGAUGGACCCAGAGAGGGCGGAGGACGCCCCCUACAGGGAAGUGGCGGAGCGGCAAUUACCCGUGGAUACGGCGAAGAAGAAGCUGGAGGACGAGCUUGAGACCCACCGCAUGCUCUGCAAGCAGGCCAGGGAGAAGUCCGUCCACAGCCUGAAGAUCCACCUCCCGGAGCUCUUCCGCGCCAUGACCGACUUCUCCAGGUCCUGCGCGCACAUGUACAAGGCCCUCAGCGCCAUGUCCCCCCCGCCGCCGUCACCGCCGCCGCAGCAGCAGGUCCCCGCUUCCUAG